AUGGUUAGGAUACCCUUCAAGAAGAGACCUCGGAAAGCCUCCAUUGCUGGAGAAGCCUGGGACACCUUCAGGCAGCCAGUCCAACUAGGGAUCGGCAAUCCCCAGUUUCAAGCGGAGACUCAGAAAUAUUUUCCUGGUGUGGGUUCUUCGUACCCUGAGGCCAUUCUGGUGAUGGGGGACCUGCCCAAACUCAUUGGUUCUGAAGAACUCCUUGCAGCCCAAGCCUUGUUACCAUGGUUUGGACUGUGCAUGCCUGGGCUGGGGGGUGGUGGGAGGACAGAUCUUUCGGGCAGAAAAGCAUCUGUGAUCAAGUCCAUGGUGGUGGAGUUCCAUUUCAUUGCUGGAGUGGUUGGCAACCUGCUCCUGGUCCAUCUUAUCUCUCAGGAGGGGGAUGACUUCCUCGUUUAUGGAGUUCACUGCCGGUGUGGGAGAGAGACCAUUCCUAAUUUUGACCCUAGGAAAAGUGGAGGGGCUGGGGCUGAGGCUGAGGUGGCGGCAGAGCAGCAGCGCCCCCAUGUGGAGCUGCAGGAGCAGUCCGUGUGUGCACGAAUCCACAAUAAAUGGUCCUUUCUGUUUGAAUCAGUUCCUGCAGUGAUUUUGACUGUGGUGUCAGAAGAGUACCCAUUCGUGAGCAGCAGGCAAAGUAGGACGGCCGGCUGGCAGCAUGCUGCCCCCACCUGGUGCUCUGACUACCUUGGAUCUGUGUGGCCCGUGCAUGCAUGGUCUGCAUCCUUGGACAGCCCUUGGCCUGUCCCCAAACACCUGCUAGCCUCCAGGUUCACACGCCGAAAAUCUUUUGAGUCUUGUGAUAUGCCAGUGUUUGUAAAUGCCAGACUCAAGAGAGGUGGCACAAGGUUUCAGCUCAAUGACCAGCUGGGCUUUGAAUGCCAUGAUGGUUAUGAAAGCAGACUUGGACACACCGCAGGCUCCAUAGUCUGUGGUAACACUGGUUGGUCUACCCACAUGUUAUGUUGCUUUGAAAGAGAAUGUGAGAUUCCUCUAAUAGAAAAAUACUUAAUUGUUGAGCCCAGAAAAGACAAAUAUAAAGUUGGAGAGUUGAAAUUCUCCUGCAGACAAAGAUUCACAAGAGUUGGACCAGAUUCGGUUCAGUGUUACCACUUUGGAUGGUCCCCUAAUUUUCCAACAUCUAAAGAGCUAGUAAAAUUGUGUGGCGCACCUCCUCAACUCCCCAAUGGGAAGGCUAAAGAAGCAAACAAAGAAAAUUAUGAACACAAUGAAUUGGUGGAAUAUGUUUGCACUGAAUUUUUGAUGAAGGGUCCCAAUAAAAUUCAAUGUGUUGAUGGAAAAUGGACAACAUUACCUAUAUGUGUUGGUAAUGGCAGUACAUGUGGAGCUAUACCUGGGCUUGAUUAUGGCUAUGUUGUUGAAUUUUCUUCCCCUCCCUUUCACCAUGGAGCUUCAGUGGAGUUCAAUUGCAGAGAAACAUUUACAUUGAUUGGACAUAGAUCAAUUACACAUGUUAGAAGAAUGUGGACCCAACUUCCUCAGUGUGUUGCAACAAAUGAACUUAAGAAAUGUAAAUUAUCACAUGAGGAGGUUGAAUUUGAUCAUAACACCAACAUAAGUUACAAAUGUAAAGGAAGUUCAGAGCACAAGCACUCAAUCUGCAUAAAUGGAAGAUGGGAUCCUGAAAUAGCCUGCACAAAGCUAUAAACACAGUCAUGCCCACCUCCACCUCAGAUUCCCAAUGCCCAAGAUAUGACAACUACAGUGAAUUACCAGGAUGGAGAAAAAUUAUCUGUUGUCUGUCAAGAAAAUUAUAUAAUUCAGGAUACAGAAGAAAUUGUGUGUAAAGGUGGAAGAUGGCAGUCAAUACCAUGCUGUGUUGAAAAGAUUCUAUGUUCAAAACCACCUCAUAUAGAACAUGGAGUCGUGAAAGCAUCUAGUUCUUCAGAAGAAAGGAAAGAAACAUUUAAACCCACUUUUUAUGUACAUGGCACUAAAUUAAGUUAUAUUUGUGAAGAUGGUUUCAGGAUAUCUGGAGAAGAUGGGAUAACGUGCUAUUUGGGAAAAUGGAGAUCUCCACCUCAGUGUGUAGGUUAUACAAAAACUGAUUGA